AUGAGUUUUUGUUUCGUUAGGAAGGUUGGUAUCAAAUCAAAAUCCCAACCAAAGUUUAAGAAUUUGAAGAAGUUGGCUCGAAAAAAUCGUUCUUCGCAGAUCCGAGCUAAUAAAGUUGGAAAAAUAUCAGAAGAGAAGCGAAAAGAAGGGCAGUCACCAAUCAACAUUACAAUAAUUUCACUUGACGAGGCCUUCACAUCACACAAAAUUGUAGAAACUUUCAAUCUUGCCGACGAGGAUGCAGUUAUACAUGUGAAUGAAAAGAGAAAUAUUUCUCAUCUAGCUGUCCCUCGCUUCAAACAACGUUACAUUUUCUUUUGCCCUGAUACUACUUCAAUUAUCUCUACGCUCGAUUUUUUAAGAGUUUCUGAUAUUUUAGUCAUUUUAUGGCCAACUGAAACAACAAAUUUAAAUAUUGCGCAUAGUCGCUUAUUGGAUGUUAUUACUGCGCAUGGAUUCCCACCAACAUUUAAUCUGGUCUCAACACUUCCUGCUUCUGGAAAACAACGUGAUUCAACACGAAAAGCGCUUGAGAAGCUUAUGGCGCCUUGGGCAAAAGACUCUCGAAUCUACGAUUUACAAGGUGGCAGUCCUCUUCAAAUUCUUCGACAAAUUUCUACUACACGCAAAGUCCGCUCGAAUCUACAAAAAUUAAGGCCUUACUUAAUUACUGAAAAUGUUCAAAUAAUUAAAACUGAAGACAAUUCAGAUUCUUUCUCCCUUCUCAUUUCUGGUUAUUUAAAUGGUGCUCCUUUAAAUGUUAAUGGGCUGGUUCACAUUUCUGGUUGUGGUGAUUUCCAAUUGAGUCAAGUUGUAUUUGAGAAUGAUCCGCAUCCAUUAAAACAAUCCAAGGCAGAAUCAAUGGAAAUACUCAGAGCUAUUAAAGCCGACCCUUUAAAGCAAACACAGCUUGAUAGUGAGAUUAUUCAGGAUCCAAUGAAUAUUGAUCAACCGGAGAUGGAUGAAAAUGAAGAAAAAUACGCAGUUCCGAAGGUAAAGCUUCCAGAAGGGACUUCAGAGUACCAGGCUAGCUGGUUAAUUGAUGAUGAUUAUGAAGAGGAUGAUGAUGAGGAGGAAGAGUCUGAUGAGUGUGAUUCUGUUGAAGACGAAGACAAUGGAAACGACUUGCAUGGAACGGAAAAUGGUUUCUGUGCACAAAUGGAGGAUGAAAAUUUUUCUCAAAAUGGAGAAGGUGAUUCUCAUUCUGUCGUUGAGAGUGCCACAAUGGACGAAUCAAUUGAUUUGAACGACAUUGAUAUUAAUGAUGAUCAUCAGAAAGAGUUAUUUAAAAAGGAACGUGAAAAUCGUCAAUGGCCUGAUGAGGUCGAAGCACCUGAGGGAAUGAAUGCACGUGAUAGGUUUAAACGUUAUCGAGGACUGAAAAGUUUUAGAACAAGUCCGUGGGAUCCAAAAGAGAAUUUAACAAAAGAUUAUGCACGGAUCUAUAAAAUUGUAAAUUUCAAAAGAACGAGGAAACUUGCGCUUGAGGCAGCAAAACAAUCGUUUCAGGCAGCUGAUGAGGGUGACGAACAGUUUUGUACUCCUGGUGCUUACAUUACAUUGUGUGUCAAAGAUGUGCCUAGUUCAUACGAAAACCAUAUUUCUUCCACACAUUCUCCUUUAAUUGUUUUUGGUCUACUCAAAAAUGAACAUAGAAUGUCCACCUUAAAUAUGAUUUUACAUCGAUAUCCAUCAUUCAAUAAGCCUGUCAAGAAUAAGGAAGAAUUACUCUUUCAAGUUGGAUGUCGUCUUUUUACUGCAAAUCCUGUAUUUUCACAACAUACAAAUGGAAAGAAGUUUAAGAUGGAACGUUUUAUGCCUUCAUCUGGAGCAUUUUGUGCUACUGUUUUUGCCCCAAUCACCUUUCCACCCUCAAAUGUUUUAGUUUUCCGGCAAUGUUCCCCUGAAAAACUUCAAUUAAUAGCAAAAGGAAUUGUUCUUGAUUCAAAUCCUGACAGAAUUAUUCUCAAACGUGUCCGGCUCUCCGGGCAUCCAUUUAAAGUAAAUAAAAGGACAGCGGUUGUGAGGUAUAUGUUCUUUAAUAGAGAGGAUAUAGAGUGGUUUAAACCCGUUGAGUUAUACACACAUAGUGGAAGGCAUGGACGUAUUAAACAACCAUUAGGUACUCAUGGCUUGAUGAAAUGUGUUUUUGAUCGUCCAUUGAGUGUGCAAGACUCAGUUUUAAUGAAUUUAUACAAAAGAGUUUUUCCAAAGUGGACAUAUAAUGCCGAAACUAGAGGAAAACAAUUUUGCAUUUCUGAUGAAGCAGAUGAUACAUUAGAAGAAGAAUGGUCAGGAAAGAAGGACAAAAAAAUGGAAACUAUGCAACACGCUCGCUCUAGAGCAAUUGUUUUGCAGGAUUUUGAAAGUUUACUGAAUGAUCUAAACUCACGGAAGGAUAAAUUUAUUGGGAAUAAUUAUGUCAAAUGUCAGGGUGGUUCGGAUAAUACUUUUGAUAACAUUUCAUUCGACUUAUCUGGUGAUAAGCUGACAGAUUCAAUAACUACAAUUUUUUCAGACAUUCUUAUUUCUGCUAAUAAUUUAAUUCAAACGUCCCAGGAAUUAUUUGAAUCAAUUUCUAUGUAUGAUGAAGAUAAUGAGGGUAGUUCGGUUCUCGAAACAAUUGUUGAGUUUUUACCAUUUUUACAAAAGCUUGAGCAGUUUGUCUAUACAACGAGUGAAUUAACUAAAAAUUUACUACUUCAAAUCCAUGGAUUUUUAACUUUUGGUCGAAAUGAAAUCAAAAAUCAUCGGGCAGAUCAAUUGCCACUAACAAGGAUGUGGAGAACACUUGGCGACCUUUUAUCAACAUUUGCUGUUCUUGAUGCUUUGAUUUUAUCACAUCCUUUUCUUCGCGAACAUUGGGCUGUUUUAUUACGUUCUGUUCGUUUGGUGCAAUUUAAUCCAGCUCAAUUUGAUUUGGAAGGACUUUCUACUGGUCGUUUACAACACUUAAAUGCUUUAAUUGAAAGGCUAGAUUUAGUUUUAAUGAAUGGAAAGAUUUUAACGAAUACUUGUAUUAAACUUACACGAUUCGACCAACUUUCGUCAGAUCGUCAAUUUAUGGAACGUUUUCGUCUAGCAAUAAUGCAAAUGUUAACUAAUUGGGAAAAACAUAUAAAUUCUUCAGAAAAUGCAAUUCCCGAUAAAAAGAGGCUUAUUUGUUUAUUAACAUUAUCCAAAUUAUUUCAUCAUUUAUUACCUGAACGACAAAAACCUGACAAAAAAAUUAUUUCAAAAUUAUUGGGAAUAAACAAAAAUUUAAUUUCUUUCCAUUUAUUUGCUGAUUUGUUGUUUAUACCUUUUGAUUUUAUUUUAAAAGAAAUACUUGGCGCUAGUAAAGUUGUGGACAAAAAAGUUUCUUCUACAAUACAAAUUGCAAAAGGAUGCCAAUUAAACAAACUUUUGGAAAAUCUUUACAAAUAUGUUCAAACAUUUUCACUAAAUUUAAAUGAUUGGCAAAAGAGAAUGCAAGAAGAAGAGAAGGGAUCCACUCCUGAUUAUUUAAAAUUUUGUGAUUUAUUUAUUGAAGGUAUUCAUAUGGGAGAAAAGUUGAAUAGAUUACUUAAAUAUAUUUUAAAUAUUCAUUUGGCUGAACAAAAACCAAUUUCGAAAGCUAAUGUUAGGCUAAUAUUUGUGCUUAUUCAAUUUGUUAAGACCAUUUCAAAUACUUUUACCUCUAAUUGGAAUUCUAUACUCGAAGCAAUUAAUUAUGGUUGUGUUCAUCUUUCUGCUUCUAUUCUUUCAAUUUUACAAUCAAUUAUUCAAUCAAAUGGAGAAUCCAAACAGCCAUUCUUUGCUAAUUCAAUUUUAAAUUCUGCUCUUUCAUUGAGUCAACCAGUUGGUAGAAAGGCAUUAAUUGUUGCUGGAGUGUCUUUGGAAUUGGCAAAUUAUCAAAAAACGUUGCGAGGAAAUGACGUCCAAAUAGACGAAACACUGAAAAAACUCGAUAUUCUCUGCAAUUUUGGUCAUGUACUUUCAAAUUCUACUGAUCUUUCCUUUUUGUAUUGGCAUCGACUUUCACUUAUGCAAGCUUUUUGUGAAGAUUUAAUUCAGGAACAAAUAACUGAUUUUUCGAAUGAAGAUUUACCUAGAACUAUAACUGACUUUUUCAGUGCAAUUAAUGAAUGUGGCCGUUUAAUAAUUUCUGUCAAACAUUGUGAUCAACAAACUUUUCUUCAAACAUUUAGCAAUGAAUUGUUUUUAAUUAUUACAAAUAAUUUUCUUUCAAAACUUUGUACCGAAAUUGAAAAUGAUCUUAGACUUUCUUAUCAUCAACAACAAAGUUCUUCUUUUGAACAAUUAGAAAAAUUGUUUUCCACACAAAAUCCUUUACAACAAGAAGAGAAACCUUUAAAUAAACUUUUAUUAAAUUUACUUCAAAUUCCUAAGAUUAAACUUGGAAAUAGAAUAAUUGUUGUUUUUGAUUAUGUCACAAAUUAUUUAUCCUCUACAUUUUAUAAUUUUUCUGUUAUUGCUUUACACGAUUCUGAAGCUUAUAAUCGAAUGAGAAUUUUAGCUAAACAUAGAUACGGGUUGAAUUUGGAAGAUUAUCAAUUACCAACUAGAUGUUUUUUUAUUGAACGCUCAAGUCAAAGCAAACAAUUGGCUAUCGUUAGAGUACAACAAAUUGUAAAUUCAAUUAAAACCCAUGGAAUAGGAAUUUUAGAUCCUUUGAUAAAUACUUCAUAUAAAUAUAUGCGUUCUCAAUUUCAACUGCUUUCUCGCUGCCUUUCUGAUGAAAAACUUAAAUCAACAUUAAUUCGUGAAAUUUGUUUUUAUCGAGAUUCAAUUGACCAAUUAGAACAAAUGUAUCCAAUGGAAAGAGCUGAGAAAAUGACAAAUAGUUUAAAACGUUAUUGCCAUAAAAUUGGUGGUGGACCUUCUUUAAAUAUUGUUGAAAGAUUAAGGAUUUUGAUAGUAAGAAUAGGAAAUAUGAUUGGCCUUUUACGCAUGUUUCGUUCGGGGAUUUUGGAAACUUUUGCACCAAAUAUAACCUUUGGAUUUAAGCAUAAAGAAUCAAUGUCUGAUUUAAUAAAUAAUUUUGACAAAAAUUCAAUUCAAAAUAAUUGUGCAAAAUUGUGUGAUAAAAUAUCUUCAAAUAUUACUGGUUAUUUAACUUCAAAUAAUGAUUCUAUUGAGCUUUUAACUUCAAUGUUUGCCAAAGAAUUUCGAGGAAAUAAUAAAUUUGCUCAUUUAAGAGAUUUUUUUAUUUUAAUUCCAACACUUAUGAUUGUCCAAAUUGAAUAUAUUUCUAAAUGUAGAGCUCGUUUAAGUAACAAAAAGAUGUCAUUGAAUGAAGAUUUGGCUGUUGCUGGAAGUUUUAAUGAACAAUUUAUUUUUGUUGAAGAUGGAUUUAGUAUUGGUAUUGCCUAUGUGCUUACUUUACUUAAUCAACAAUUCUUUUUCAAUUCACUUAAUUGGUUUGACUCUGUAUUUAACAAAAUUCAUUCUGAAGUAAUUAAAUGCAAAAAUGAACAGAAAUUAGCUUUAAAAGCAAAAGAUGAAUCUUUGGCAAGACUUUUAGCACUCAAACAAAGCCAACUUAAUGAACAAUUGGAAGAAUUCAAACGUUUAAUGUAUUCAUUAAAUUCUGCCCUUACAUUUUUGCAAGCAAAUGAAGUUUGUGAUGAAAAUAUUGAAGAGACGUAUUUAGAUGAUUUUUAG